GUCUAUUACACAGCCAUGUCUUUGCACGCCUCAAUUUAGACCUGGGGGCUCUUUUUUUUUAGUGUGUUCGUAGCGUGUGCUGACUGACUGACUGGCUGGCUGACCGACCCCUCGGACAGACGCCAACACAGGUAAUUACGUCAUCACCGGCCGUGAGGAGAAGUUGGAGGGGGAGGCCUUUCUUUUUGACCACCACCACAACCAUUAAAGUAAGCUAUCUCUAAGAGCGUGGGCGGGAAGCCAUAACAAGAUCGUCAUUCUCAACUCUACGACUGCCAGCAGCGGGUCCAUGUGGUUGUGCAUCAAUCAAUCGUCCGUAGCCGUCAUUGGCCGGAUAGCAAUUACCGCGCUAAGUACUCUACUCUACCACUGCAAGUAAUAUGCGCGCGGUUUCUACAGUGUGAAAGAACACAGACAAGGGAUAAGACCCUCGCUCUUGUUCGUCCUAACCUAGCUAGCUAGCUAGCCCCACCCUCCGCCAACCACCACCACCACUACGUUCGUCUCUCGCACGCUGGAUUCUCUCCUUGAUCACCAGCGGUCACUGAUGGUCACUCUUAGCCCGCUUUUAUUUCCUCCACCAUUGGAUUAAUGACAGUGCACCAGACAGCGAACAUGUGGCGACCCACACCUAUCAACUUGUGACGCAGCAGUAACAACAACAACGACUACUGUAUUAAAGUAGUCUGCCGCAUGCAGUCAACUGCGUUGUUUAUUCCCCUCCAACCGCUGCUACCACCGAUUUAGACGCGGGGACCUCCACAGCGAGAGGUGAAAUUGUGAACAAGUCGUGAGAUAUACAGCAGCUGUAAUCAAUCCCUGGAGUAAAUUAGAGAUUUUUCCCUCUCCGCGUGUGUGAGAGGAAUGCUGUUCCACUUAUGCCGCUUGUGUGUGCGGCGUGUUUUAGCGGAUUGACUAGCACGAAGCCCCGAGCGCUGAGAUAAAGAACUGUCGACUCUCCUCGUCGGAAUAACCCUAGUGGAUUAGUCAACUUGUUCUUCGCUCAUUUUGGAUACUUACGAAUACUACACCGGACUGGGAACAGAGAAGGCUCGCUUCCGUAACCGAAUGCUCUUUCUCUUUGUUCCUGUAUUCUACGACUCCGCUCAUUUGGAUAUACGACGCAACUCGUACUCAUUAUUUCUGGAUUAAAUCAACUUGAACUCGCUCUUUUGGAAUACUACCCGUACGCUCUUAUGCAAAGGGGGCGUCUUGGAUACUGUUCAUACAUUUCAAACAAGCUCAUUUUGGAUUCUACCCUUCAGUUGGAAGAGUUACGGAGCCGUAACUGAGUUUUCCUCUAUUCGCCGAGUCCGCGACUUGCGAGCUAUAGCGCCGAUCUACGGCGUCGGACUUGGAAAAAUACUCGAACUUACGGCGCCGUCAUGAGAAAUAGACCCCGUCGUGGGAAGGCCCGGCCUAAGAGGGCGAGUAAGACUGCAGCUUCUGCAGCAGCAGGGAGCAGUCUGGAGGUCGCUGCAACACCCUCUCCUGUGGUCAGCGAGGAUACUGAAGUGGAGGAUAAUGUUGAGACCAACACCGCGCUCGGACAGAAGGUGUCUUCGGGCUUGGAAGGAGGAACUGGGCCCGUUACGAGAAGCGAACUCCAGGCUCUUGAAUCAGGGAUUACCCGAAGUUCUACCCGUGAUUCCUCCUCACCAAACUCCUCUGGCCUUGUGACAGGAGGAGGAGGAGGAGGAGGAGGCAGCAACAGCAACAGCAACCUGCUGCCUGGUGGUGCUGCUGCUGUUAGCAACAGCAGCAGCAGUAGCAGCAACAGCAGCAGCGUGGAUGAUGACGCAUGUUCCGACCAGGGCGAGACGGAACAGAUGCACACCGGCUUCAUGCAGACGGGGCCGAAAAACUACCGCGUGGGGAGUACUGUGGUCAACUUGAACAACUGCUCGGACGAGGAUAUCACCCCAGAGUUCCGCCACAACGACAUCUGUCUCCAGGUGGAGUGCGGAGACAACCGGGGCCUCAUGUACAUGUCCAAGCUGUACCAGGGAAGCAAAGGGAAGUGUAUUGAGCAGGGAGGGAAGUGGUACACCCCGAACGAGUUCCAGGCCGUGUCGGGCAGGGAGUCGGCCAAGGAUUGGAAGAGGUCUAUCAGGCACCACGGCAGGAGUCUCAAGCUGCUCCUCAGCAAGAACGUCCUGGACGUGCACCCGGCGGCCUGUAGAUGUGACUCGUGCAGUCAGCUCCAGCAGUUG